GCGCCAUUUUAGCCAGUCACGCUGCACCGGUGGGCCUGGCAGCCAUUUUGUUUUGGACACCAAGCGGGAGUUGGCGGCGCCGGCUGCGGUGGCACAGACGAAAGGCAGGAAAGGGCAGGCCUGACGAGCAGAAGAAUCGGCCGGCUAGAUAAUCAAUCCACCGCGAGGGAGCCUCCCAGACUACCGCUUCCGCACCUAACCCAACCGCCCAGCUAGCUAAACCGAGCGCCCCGCCGUCAGCUCAGGUUCGGCCGGUCCCCGGCCCGCCCUCCGCAGCCGUGGUGGCAGCCCCGGGAGGAGCGCUGGCGUCCGUCUCCUUCGAUUCUCGGGAUCUGAAGAUGGCUGCACAGUCAGCGCCGAAAGUUGUGCUAAAAAGCACCACCAAGAUGUCUCUAAAUGAGCGCUUUACUAAUAUGCUGAAGAACAAACAGCCGAUGCCAGUGAAUAUUCGGGCUUCGAUGCAGCAGCAGCAGCAGCUAGCCAGUGCCAGAAACAGAAGACUGGCCCAGCAGAUGGAGAAUAGACCCUCUGUCCAGGCAGCAUUAAAACUUAAGCAGAAGAGCUUAAAGCAACGCCUGGGUAAGAGUAACAUCCAGGCACGUUUAGGCCGGCCCAUAGGUGCCCUGGCCAGGGGGGCAAUUGGAGGAAGAGGCCUACCCAUAAUCCAGAGAGGCUUGCCCCGAGGAGGACUGCGUGGGGGACGUGCCACCAGAACCCUGCUUAGGGGCGGGAUGUCACUCCGAGGUCAAAACCUGCUGCGAGGUGGACGAGCCGUAGCUCCCCGAAUGGGCUUAAGAAGAGGUGGUGUUCGAGGUCGUGGAGGUCCUGGGAGAGGGGGCCUAGGGCGUGGAGCUAUGGGUCGUGGCGGAAUCGGUGGUAGAGGUCGGGGUAUGAUAGGUCGAGGAAGAGGGGCCUUUGGAGGCAGAGGUCGAGGUCGUGGCCGAGGGAGAGGUGCCCUCACUCGCCCUGUAUUGACUAAGGAGCAGCUGGACAACCAGUUGGAUGCAUACAUGUCGAAAACUAAAGGACACCUGGAUGCUGAAUUGGAUGCCUACAUGGCACAGACAGAUCCUGAAACCAAUGAUUGAAGCCUGCCUGCCUGCCCGCCUGCUAGACUCUUGUUAAAGUCACAUCUAUAAAACAACUGAGAGAAAACAGGAGAAGCCUGAUUGAUGCUGGAAGGGCCUGUCACAAUAGGGUGUGGACUUACCUGCCACCACUUGGUGCAUUUAGUCUGUUCCGUCUACUUUUUGAUACUGUGUUCUAUGAAACCCUAUUUCCUUUCAUUUGGUUGAGUUUAUUUUCUUGUUUAUCCAGUCACCCAGACUUGUGUUUGAACAGGAAUGCGUUGGCCUUGUGAGUAGAGCAAUUUUUCAGCCUCAGCCUCACCUGUCAUAUACUCUUGACAUUUUAUAAUAUUUCUUCUGUUCAUUUUAAUGAACAUUUUAUGAUCCCAGAAGGAGCCAGUGUUCUCACUAACACUGGGAUAGAAUUCUGCAUCUUCUUUAAAAGCUUCAUGUUAAUAGCUGGAGCUAAAGGUGUGUUUGCUAUGUUGAUAGUGAACGUAGUAAAUUGGAAAUAUUGGUGUUGCUACUGGGCCACAGAAUGGGUUUACACAUAACAACUUGGAUUUGGUUAAAGUUGGUGUUACCUGCAUUGAAACCGCAUAAAUGGUAGCUGACAAGCCAAGUUGGGCAGGUAUGAUUUCCACCCUAAAAUAAGAUUUUUAUGCUUUCCUUUUGGCUUUGUGUCAUGUCCAAGAGGUUUGUGCACUUCUAGUAUAGAAGGAGUUAUUUGGUGUGGCAGAAGAGACAAGGGUGGAACACUGGUUACCAACUGGGUGGGAAAGUGUCAGAUGCUGCUCAUGCUGAAAUGCAGUUACUAUGUUUGUCCAGAACCAAUCUUGAUCUAAUCCACUUAACUGGCUUUAUUUGACCCUCUUGAAGGUUUAAGUUCAAUCAUUUUGUCAGCUGUUCAGUGAAUCUUGUAUUUCUGGUUCAUUAUAACAGAUUGUUCUCUCAAAUUUAA